AUGGCCGUGAGGAAAACGCGUACGGGACGUCUUGCACGUGCUGCACAAGAUGAAAGACAUUCCGUUCGCUCAUCCCUAGUGAAGUCUUCAAGGACCAAUCCGACAAGGACUGGCCGUCAGGGGGUGACACAGAAAAGUCUCAACCAGUCUGACGGACCGCUCUUGCCAAGGUUGAUGUCAUGGUCCGACACCCUUGCAGCGGUUGAAGAGCAAUCCCUUGAAACUCAGGUACAAAGAUACAAAGAAUGGAAACGUGAGUGCAUUCCUCUUCGUCUAUUGUCUCCUGGUGUUCCCCCUUGUGCUCACUUAUGUCCCACAGGAAAUGGAUCGGCACACGAAGAUUACUGCCGCGUUUGUCAAGCGCACGGGGGAAGACUUGAGCCUUGUUCAACCUGCCGGCUCGCGUUCCAUGCCGAUUGUAUUCCAGCAGGUUGGCUGCGCGAUUCCCAAGAUUCACUUUUUUGUCCAAUCUGCGUCCGUCGCGGUUGGCAUAUCACUCCUCCGACAUUGUCACCACCAGCUUCACCACUGCCGGAAGAAAGGAAUGAUCCAACAUCUGCUGCCGCUCCGACUACGUCGGCUCCUCACCCCGACACGAAUUCCUCAUCCAAUACACAUCCUCAUAGUAGCGCCUCAGACGGGCCCUUGGGCGUCUGUUCAAUACAACAAGCUCCAACGGGUGAUAGACAUGAUGUACCAGCGAGUGACCCUACUGCUCCCAAACGACUGUAUGAGCUCCUUGGCAAUGAUGAUGAAGCUACGGAAGAUAAUGUGAUAUCUCAACGACCACGACGUCAGCGCAAGUCUCGCUAUACGAACCUGCCAACGGAAGUAGAUACAGCCCUGUCAGUUCUAUACCGAGAGCUCGAGUCGAACGAAUCCCUUAGGAGGGAAGUAGAGGAACUCCGAAGCGAGAAUACCAAAUGUAAUCAAACUAUCAGAAUCCGCGAUCUUAGUAUCAUCGCCUUACGCAGAGAACUGGACUAUCGGCGGUCUUCGGAUCAGGAGAUAGAAACACUGCGAGCAACGGCGACUCAGCUCGAGAAUGCAAAGAAGGAGAUUCGAGAGCUACAGGCAAGGAACGAAGCCCUGAGUGCGGAGUUACAAACUUCGAGAGAUGAGACAGCGGAAGCUAAGGCUCUCGUGCGGGAUUGGAAAGCUAAGCUUUCACAACUCAUUGGAAAUUGA